AAAGAUAAAAGUAGAAUUAAGAACACGUUUAUUUCUAAUAAAAUUAACCUGUAAAUAAUUUUUAUAUUAAUAAUAUAUUAAUCCAAAAAAAAAAAAAAAAAUGGGAAAACAAAAGAGACAGAGAAAUAGACCUCAUAAACAAAAUCCUACAGGACUUGUGUCUGUCAAAGAUUUUGAAAUUGAAGAAAUUGAAAAUGUCACGAAUGAAAAUCAGAAACAUGCUUUACAGAGAGUAUACGAAGAGGUACAGUCUGCAAAUGUCGAGGAAAAGUUGUCCGGAUUGCAAACCAUUGAAUCAAUGUCAUGUAAUUCAGUUCUUGCUAUACAGAUUGCAAAAGAUAGGAUUGCUAAAUUAAUUGGGCCACUACUUGUUGAUAAAAAUGCACUUGUAAGAGCUAGUAGCGCGAAUGCUUUAAGAUGUAUAUUGGAUAAUGCAAAAACAGAAGCAUAUGCAAAUUUAUUGAAAGAUGACAUUAUGACUCCGUUGUGUACUUUGUUAAAUCAAUAUUAUAAAGAUUGGCAACCAAACGUUGAUCAUAACAAAAAAGGCAAAAUAACCAAAGAAAAGGAAGCAUUUAUCCAAGCAGUUACAUUACUGUGGUCACUAUGCGAACACAGUGAAUUUGCUAUAAAAUGUUGUAACAAAGAUGAUAUUAUACCUAUCCUAACAAAGUUUUUGGAUGUCGCUACUUAUGGUAUUGAAAUUGUCAUAGUUACUACACAAUGUUUAACAUCAUUAACAGAAAAUAAUCCUGUUGCUGUUAAGAAACUUCAGAACUAUGAAGAUACGCUUAUUCAAUUAUUAAAUAUAGAAAUAAAGAAUACUACUCUUUCUGAAGUAGUAUGUUUUAAAACUGCUAUAAGUAGUUUAUUGAUUAAUCUAAUUAAUCAUAGUGAAAGUAAUUCUACGAAUAUUGUAUACAAAGUGAUAAAUGUACUUUCCGAUGUACUUUCUAUUGACUGUAAACAGUUAUUGUCCAAUCUAGCUUCAAUUUUAUCUUGUGAAAAGAAUGCUUUUUCAAAUAAUACAAAAAAGAAGGUACAGGAGAAUCAAAGGAUUUUUAGUGCACAGCAACAAGCGUUAGAGAUUAUAGCUAACUUAUGUUCAGAAGAUCAAGAAAAUGAAAAUGAAUCUAAUUUGGAAGAUUCUGAUUAUGAAACUGAAGAUAUUGAUGAUGUACAUAUGGAUGAUAAAUUAUAUAAAAUCUCCUCUUUACCAUUAGAAAUGAUAGAAGUAUUCAAUACUUGUAGCAUAGUAAAUAAAGUAUGGAAUAAAACUAGAUUUAUAGACAAAGAUAUAACAGAAAUAUUACAACAAAAUGCUGAAGGAAAGAACAUUUUAAAACAAGUUCAUACACUAAAAUGUACAACCUACUUAUGUUUAAAUAAUUUGAUAUCAAGCUUAGAAGUUGACGCACUUGGUGGUAUAGAAAAUAUAUAUAGUAUGUGGAUGGACAUUGGAACAAUUGUCUUCAAGGAUACAAAUCCAAAUGAUAUAGAUUUAUUGGAAUCUGCUACAGCAGCUAUGAGAGCAGCUAUUCAAAGACUAUCGGAAGAAAAAACAAAUAUUUUUAAUCAAUUGACGCUGGCUGAUAUUCAACUAAUACUAAAUGGAGAACGUCAAUGUUCAAACAUUAAUGUCCGUGUGAAUUUGAUACGAAUAUUAGGGACUUUGGCUUUGAUUUUAAUGAGUAAUGUUACUCCUGAAGUUCACGAGUUAAUCAAGUAUGUGUCUACAUCUUUAUUAGACAUUUGUGUAACGGAGUUGUCAGUUUGGGUCAUCGCUGAAUCUUUGGACGCAGUAAUGGAUAUAUAUGCAGAAGACAACAGCGAUCAGUUAGCAAGUGAAAUUAAAUUAGUAGAAAAAUUACAUACUUUGGUACCACUUUUUAAAAAUAAGAUGAAACAACAAAGCAAAAAUUUAGGAGACAAUAUUGCAGUAAUAUCUACUGUGAAUAUAAAUAUCAUAAGGUUCAUAAAAUAUAAAGAGAAAAGGAUCAGAGAUCUGUAGAAGCCUUAUUGUUUUUUUUAUAUAU